AUGCCCCGAAAUAUCUCGAACAUCUUCAAGCAUGUCUGGCUGUGUAUGGUGUUCGUGGGCCCCACUUUCACCUUCAUCAAGCUCUCUCUUCUUUUCUUCUACCGCCGCCUGUUUUUGGUCAACCAGAAAUGGCUGCGCGUCGCCUGGUGGGCCAACAUGGUCUAUGUCAUCCUGUGGUUCUUUGGGGCAACAGGAUUUUACAUCUUUCAGUGCUGGCCGGUUCAAUGGUAUUGGACACGGUACUAUCAAAGAUACCAUGUUGGACCACCAAUCGCAAUGAAGGGCCAGUGCAAAGCUACCACGGUUGCACAUGUUGCCAUGCCUCUGAUAUUUAGCCUCAUCUCGGACGUUGCCCUCUUGUUACUACCCCUCACAGCCAUCUCGAAGCUUCAAAUAUCAUUGAAAAAGAAGCUCGGUCUUGCUUCCAUAUUCUCAGUCGGAGCACUUGCUUGCCUUCUAGAACUUGCCCGAAUCGUGGAAUUGGAGGUUGACACCGACGACCAGAGUGACCCCAGUUACGGUGUGGUGGUAUUUCUCAUCCUCUCGGUAGCUGAAGAAGUGUGCGCCAUUAUAUGCGGGAGUCUGCCUGUGGUGAUCCCGCAGCUCUUUCGAGAAUACAAGAGCUCGAGGGAACGAUCUUCGCAGAAGAAGGACCGCAGCUACUCUAUGGAUCUUGGAGCUAUAACUCAGUCACGAAGCAUGGUCAGAGGAUUCGAAAAGCUUGGUGAAGGGUCGGGCGAUCGGGCAUACGAGAGUCGCAAUCUGGCCGGCGAGCGAAUCGACUGGGCUUGCGGCUCGAUUCCAGCGAAUACCGUGGUCGCCGAGACCCUUCCUCAUACUGAGGAUCCCGGUGACGCUCAAAUUGUUGUCCAGAGGAAUUAUGAAGUGACUGUAGGAGGCUCAGUCCCGCAGGUCGUGUAA